AUGUCCCGCCACUACAGCCUCCUUAAAGAGGAAAACGAACGCAUUCUUUGGAGUGCCAGCAAAAUAGUGAGUUUGCCCGAAAUGCCAUGAAGAAUUUUAUUGUUAGGAGACAUUUCAAGGAAACCUCUUGACAGAGUCUCUGGAGUGAAAUUACAGUAUCUGUAACCCGAAUUGUUUUGUUACAAUUAGUACAAACUUAAAAACAAGAAGCUGAAUAAAUAACCUCAUUACAUAGUCAUAGAACCAUUGCGAUCGGCGCUGUAACAUGUAUUGAAUGCUCGGAAAGAAAUUAUAGCAUAAGUUGUCAGACAGGCAGACGAAUGCGGUCAUUAAGUUAAACAACCUGAAAUUCGCGAAAUACGAAAUAAACAUUGCUAAGUACCCAAACUAAGCGUGAAAAAAGAUAGCCCUUACACAACAACUGAAAGUCGCUGCUAACAAGACAAUUGACUUUACUCGUUCGUGGACUGGUUUCUUCAGACUUUCCAUCGGGAAAUUUUGAGAAAAAGACCUAAAAACAACUUACAACAAAGCUUGAAUAAAGCUUUCUGAAGCCAUUUUAAGUAUUUUGAGUGAUUGCUGGGAAAAAUUUAUCUGUUCCUCACUCCUCGUGCAGAAAAAAAAAAGCAAUUUGUUUGUAAGAAACGUAAACUUGCUUUUUGCGAAAAUUUAAAACGUUGGGGGAACGUUACGUCCAAAAUUUUGUUUCGAGGAACACUCGCGUCAUUCUCAUUUCUGAAGCUUUGAUUAAAACGAAAACCGAUUAUGACUCUUUUUUCGCAUUUGCCUAUGGAUCACAAUGAAGUUCUUCGUUGCCAGAUUGUUGCAAAAAGAAAAAAAAGGUUCGCUGUUUUAGCCGACAGUGUACGUAGAGUUGCAAUGCACCUUAGAAACUCCUCGAGUUCCCCCUAUGUUUUUCGUGCUUUCAUCUAAAAACAAGCAUAACAAUUGUCCUGCUGAUAUGGUAUUUCAUCCAAGAAAGAUGUUGUUAACUCCUCCUGUGGUACUUUUUUUCACAGAAGUGGCUUCAUGUUAAGACAGGAAGAACAGGUGAGGCGGGAGCAUACACAUGGAGCAUCCCGAACUGCUACGGCGACAUAUGUUCGCCAAGCUUUGAGAUGUGGGGCCGUAAGUGGCGACUGUUCUGCAUAAGACGAGGAGGCAUCAUCCACUACGGCCUUGAAAAUGAAGAGGGAGACAGGCCUAUCCACUUGUCAGUGAGGUACGUUUGCAUGCAGCAAAUUCUUAAAGGGACACACCGUCCUGUCCGAAAUUUAUAUUAUACUCUGUAAACCUUAAGUGGCGCAGUGGGGGCUAAGGGGAUAAAGGAUGGGAUAAAGGAUGUGUUGCGACCUUUUCAGCUAACUCGUUUUUUCUCUCUUUGCAGUUUCAUCGUCGCAGCAGCAGGGGGUAAAAAGUAUAUAACAUACCCCUUUUGGAGUUUAAGAAGGGACAGAUGACCGAGCAAACUAAGACGGGCAGUAUGCCUAAAGCCAUAACGGUCGAUAUGGCAUUGUUAGGGCCGAGCUUUACUAAAGAUUCAUAA